CAUUACGAACAAGAGAACAGGAAAAACAUACAAAAAAAAAAUCACAGACAAAACGUCAGUAGUAAUUUUAUUGCUCUAAUCACAGUUGCAAAGAAAAAAAAAGUUACCUCGCCUUGAUUUCCGAUUUCCAUUGUUUUUAUAACGCAAAUAAAAAACACGCCCGGUUCGGUGGUGCUCAACUACGGAUAUGAUUUCUUUUUGAUUGCUAUUCGACUGUGGAAAGACCGACCCAAACCCCCAAAGGACGUUCGCCACGACGAACCAAACUCUAAUUAGUGUGUGUUCAAGCGCGGAAGGAGGGGGCGUUUACGCAAGUGAAAAUGUCCAACCCAUUCGACGAUCCUCCGGAACACCAGCGAUCGUCAUCCAUACCGGGGGCGAUGAUGCCUUCCGGACCUAGUAGCCUACUGCUGCUCGGGUCUCCGGAUGAUUCGGAAAUUCUGGAGGGCUUUCUGUGUCCAAUCUGUAAAACCGAUCUCAAAACACCGGAACGGCUAACGUCUCACGUCGAGCAGGAACAUGUCGAAGAGCAGGAUUUGCUCAAAUCCCUGAAGGAAAUGUUCAGCUUUGCUAAGAAGAAAAUACUCAAUCUGGACGAGACGGCCAAUGAUUUGGCUCGUAGCUUCGAUAGUUCGCUACAGGUCGGCAAACAGGAGCGAACAGCGGCCGUCAAUCCGAUAUUGCUACAUGGUCAGCAGGUGGGAACGGAUUGCGAUCAUAUUAGCUACUUCAAGGCAGUGAGAAAUCCACGGCUAGAAAGAUACGCUUCGGAAACCAAUAAAUUGAUAAUCCGACUAGAUAAAUUGCUUGACGGAUUACCGAGCGAUUUGGAUGCAAGAAAGCGGCAUGAACAAAGCAAGGUACCAUGGAUCGAUGGAAAGCUAGUUAAAUUGUGUCCCAGUUGUGCGAAAAGUUUCGGUCUGACACGGAGGCAGCAUCAUUGCCGGGUUUGCGGUUCGGUUAUGUGUGACGGGUGUUCGUUCCAUUUGUCCUUCGAAGAGGCCAGGAGCAUUGUUCAACCCAUUAGUCCCGGUACAGAACCUCCGAAAAUGACUACCCAGUUGGAUGAGACUGGCAAGGAUCGUGAAUCGUCCGGUUUUCGUGUGUGUGAGCACUGUUUGCACUUGCUGAUGAACCGAAAGGAAAUGCAAGACUCCCGCUCGAAUAGACCCUUGAUCACGAAAUUGUACGAAAAAUUGCUACAGGAAAAGAAAGAUAUCGAGCCGGAUAUUCCCAUGUAUUCCAAGAUCAUUCAUAGUCUGUACGACGGAGAUGCUAUUUAUCGAUUGUCCGAUGCCAGUGCCCUACGGGAAAAGAUGGCCAGAGCAGCGGAACGGAUUGACAAUAUUAGUAAAACUAUUUUAGCCAUUCCGUUUGCACCGGGAAGUCGCGAGGAGGCAUUAAAAAAGGCCAUUCGGUUGUCUUGCAUUUCGUACAUCAAAGAGCAGAUGCUGUCCAUCCCGCCUCUGCCGGCAGAGGAGGAGAUUAAGAAAAUACAACUACGCAAGAAGCAGGAAACGGCCAAACGAAUCGAAAGAGAACGAAGAUUGGCGCUGGAGGCCUACGAAAAGUAUGAGCUACAAUCCGAACCCUAUAACGGAAGUUCCAGCUCCAGCACGGCAUCCACGGCAGAAAUGACCAACGGGCGGUAUUACGGAGCGGCGGCUGUCAGUUCUUCGGACAAUUGGAGCGGCUAUCAGGCAGCCAACGUGGCAGUCUCUAGCACUGCGGAUCCGUUGAUCGAUCAGAUCAACAUCGUCAAAGGCUACAUCCGACAAGCCCGGGAAGCACUGCGUUUCGAAGAGGUUGAAACACUGGAGCGGAACUUGAGCGAACUAACGCACGAGUUUUACGAAAGACAACGAAGGGUUACCGAAACCCCGCAGGCAUCCGGCGGAACGAUGGCAGCCGGCCAGUGAGAUUUCUGAUGUUGUUAGUCGAAAAGUUAUGCUAAGAGGUUGAAUUUAAAAUUUGUCAACUAGAACUGUUUCUAGUUCUCGCAAUUUUCCGUAGUUCGUUUUGACCAAUGGCUUAGCCGGCUUUGCGAAUCUUUUAGGUGAAUGCACGUGUUUCUGUUUGAAAUUGCUCUCAAUCAGUUAUUAGUUUUCUAAACACUACCCAUGAAACAGCAUUCCGAUUAUUUCUAUUGAUUUAUGAGACUAGAAAGCUGCUUCCAACGAAAACGAAUAAAUUUAUUUUAUAAUUUUGGAUUGAAUUUAUUAUUGCAUGCCUUUUGUUAGGCCUUCAUAAAUCGAAUAAUAAAUCUAUUUCAAAUACAAUUCAA